CGGGGCUGGGGCCUGGGCUGCAGCUCCGCCGGAAGUGCCCGCCCGCCUGCUCGCCCAGGGCCGCCUCGGCGCAGAACGCGGUCGCACGGAGACAGGACCAGGCGGUCCCUCAGCCCCGCAACCCGCAGAUUCUCCGCCCUGGUUUUAAGAUGAUGGGAUUGGGAAAUGGGCGGCGCAGCAUGAAGUCUCCGCCCCUUAUCCUGGCUGCCCUGGUGGCCUGCGUCAUUGUGCUGGGCUUCAACUACUGGAUUGCGAGCUCCAGAAGCGUGGAACUCCAGACGCGCGUUGUGGAGCUGGAAGGCCGGGUCCGCAGGGCAGCCGCCGAGAGAGGAGCUGUGGAGCUGAAGAAGAAGGAGUUCCAGGGCGAGCUGGAGAAGCAGCGACAGCAGCUGGACAGGAUCCAGUCUAGCCACAUCUUCCAGAUGGAGAAUGCCAACAGGUUGCACGAGGACGAGAAGGCGCUGUUAGUGAGUAACAUCACCACAAGCGAGAAGCUCAUCAGAGACUUGCAAGACCAGCUGAAGGCUCUGCAGAGGAGUUAUGGCAUCCUGCAGCAGGACAUCUACCAGUUCCAGAAGAACCAGUCCAGCAUGGAGAUGAAGUUCACCUAUGAUCUGAACCAGUGUAUCAACCAGGUGAAAGAGGUGAAGGAGCAGUGUGAGGAACGGGUAGAGGAGGUCACCCGAAAGAGAAACGAAGCAGCUGUUUCCAGAGACACAGGGGAGAGGAACGACCGACCUCAGCAGGACCCCAAGCCUCAGCAAGUAGUCCCGCCAGAGGAACAGGUGGCUCAGGGGGAACGGGACGUGCCCACAGGCAAGUCCCAGACACCAGCCGCCAGCUCAGAGGUGUUGAAACCACACACACAGAAUGAGGAAACCAACCAGACUCAGGGUGGCAGUGAGGAGCAUGGUCUGGGACCGCAGAAGGCAUCAGGCCAAGAACAGGCCGCCGUGAAUGGCACGGUUGUAGGAGCUGGGGAGCUUCAGAUCACACCAGUGCCAGCUGGCCUGUUGGCCAAGCCUCAGAAGGAUGCCCAGUACCCUGAUCGUUACCAGCUUGUCAUCCAGGAAGGGCAGGAGAAGCAGCGUGCCGCCGAGGAAGAGAGAAACCAGCAGAACCAGGGAGAUGAAUAUAACAUGGAGGAAAAUGAAGCAGAGUCCGAGAGAGACAAGCAGGCAGCCCUUGCAGGGAACGACAGAGACACAUAUGUUUUUAAUGCUGAAGAUCAGAAGAGAGGCCCAAUAAAUUUACCCAGUGAGAAUGAGAAGCAGAGGCUCAUCCAAAAUCAAGUAGAAGUCCAUAUUCCUCAACAGGCCUGAACGGAGAUCCUACAGACACUCAACUGGGAAAUGGACAAUUGAUGAUUGUUAUGGGGUUUAAUCAGUACAUUUUAGCAAAGACCAAUGGGACCGUCUCAGACAGUUUGGGGUUCUUUUAAAGGGUCUACAAAGGUUGUCAAAAUUGGUGAAGCUUUCUUAACAGGUUAUUUCUGGAACAAGUCAGGCAACACUGAAGAGAGAAAUGCGGCUGUCCUGUAAGGGGUGGCAGAGCCUCAUUAUUCUGCCGUGUGAGACAGCAGCCUGUGGGCCAACAACCGCUCCCCUUCUUGUGCUGCUGUUCGCUGGUGCCGAGAACAGCUCAUCUCUCCUGUACACACUGGAUUCUACUAUCGAAGGCCUAGAGCUCACUGUCAGCAUAAACACCCUCGUCAGUUUGAAAACGUCUCAGUAUAAAGCUGUUCUUUACAAGCAGCAAAUAAAGACAGCCAGGGCAUCUGGUUAACUCUAGGACUCAGAAAGCUUGAGCAGGAGGACCGUUAUAGGCUCUGGGCCAGCCUGAGCUACAUAGUAAAUUCCAAGUCAGGUUGGGCAAGAAGGUAAGACUUGUCUCAAAUCACCAAUCGAGGGAGAGGGGUUUCUUUCUUUGAAGACUACUGGUUUAAAUAACCUUUGAUAUUCUUUUGAUGUUCAGACCGCUAUUAAGUUACUUAGUGUGAGCACCUAUGGCAGAAACCUUGUUUUCUGUUUGAGUGGGUAAGGGCAAAUCUCUAGUAAGCCACUGCACCUCACCAGGAAAGGCAGCGGCUGGACUGGGCUCUGGACAACAGCUACACGCGCAGCCAGGAGGCAGAGGGAGCAUUGCAAGGACAGGGGCCCAGGGACUUGUGUCGCUAAGGUUGUCCAGGAAGACGGGCUGAGGGAUACCCAGGUUUGAAGUUGGGGACACCUACAAAGGCAGGAGAAACACACCAGCUGCAUUCUCUGUAGUUUAUGUACUGUUUGGAAAAUGUACAGGCUUAAUGUAGUUCAUUGACUCUGAUCAGGGGGUUCUCACCAGCUGCAGUGUGACUGCAGCAGCCUGAGGAUUCCUGCCUCCUGUGACGCUCUCAAGAGGGAGGCACUCUCGGGGUGAGGGUGUCUGCCCCUGGAGAAUGCCUUCUGAGGCUGGCUAAAAGAUCCCUGCAGUCUAAGCGGCUGCCCAGGUGGUCCAGUCUUCCUAGCCCAUCAUUCCUCUCUCUAAAAACAUACAUUUCAUCACUUGUGGCAGAUGUUGGCUGUCUUUCCCUGCCCAAACCACCAGGCUGGGUGCUUUUCCCGCCCAGAUCUGACAUACAACCCCGUGUUUGUAUGGACCCUCGUACUACAAGGUCCUCAGAUGUAGUCUUUACCGUACAGUCGUUCUACUCCAGAGGACUUCUUGUGCCCAUUUCCCGUCUUAGCUUUUAGUUCUGAAGUAUAGGUAUGACUGACAAGCUAUGCUGAUUUCCCUUCAACAAGUAGAAUAGGUGAGAACGCUCUGGCCUCAGGGCUCUAAAACUCCAGGCUGCCUAGUGUCUGUGCUUGGCAGCUGAGCCAGACUACCUCUGUACUGGUGAGAAGUCAGCAACAUCCUUACCUCCACCUUCACUAGCGUUUUAAGCAAGUUCACUCAGGCAUGUUUCAAAAUAUUCCUACGAGGGUGUUCCCGAGAGCAUCUGCCUAGUGUGUGUGAAGCCCUGGACUGCAUCAUCACCCACAGUGUCAGAUUAGAGUUAGGACACUGAGAACUCAGGCUUCUCCUUACCAUAAGCCACGUGAACUGCCAACGACAUUAGGCCUACUGCAGAACCAGGUUUAACUUCAGAGUAGCUCACUGUGCUUAGCACGCCCCCACAGAGGAUGAAAGGGGAACCACAGGCCUAGACGCCUGUCACAACACACGCCCGUGCCAAGGAGCGGGCAGCAGAACAAGAAUGGGAACAAAGCCUGCGUCUCAGUACACUUGAGGGUCCGACUGGAACAAAGGUGUGCACCACAUCCAGACAAGAUCCAGACAGACUCAAAGUUCAGCAGUGCACACGCCGCAACUGCCCCCGCCGGCAGCAGACACUGCAGAGUGAUGUGGUCCUUAAACAAAUGGCUGUGCAUCCUUACAAACCCGUGUCACAACACAGCCACAAUCCUCAUGUACUGUAGAGUCCGUCCCCCCUCAAAGUUCAUUUCACAUCUCACCAGAAUCUAAAUGCUUAAUAAACUCACAUUUCGGAA